UUAUCCGCAGCAAUCUCAAGCUAAAAAGAUUCCUCACACCAACCGACUUCUUUUACAGUUCCACUUCCACUACCUACACACUCACUCACUCAACUUCCGACUCCAAACCCGUUUACCUUCGCCGUCUCCGCCAACGCCGAUGGCCGAUUCCGCCGUAGCUCGUCCGCUGAAGAUCAUAACCGGCGCCGAUUCGUUCGGCUGCGACCUCAAGGACGCCCUCGUCGCCCACCUCAAAACCCUCAACAUCGAGGUCGAGGACCUUGGUACCUCCUCCUACUACUCCGUCGCCGCUGAGGUCGGCCGCCGAGUCUCAUCCGCCGCCACUGACGCCAACAGCCAUGCCGAGACACGCGGCCUCGUCGCCUGCGGUACUGGCGUAGGCGUCGGCAUGAUGGCGAACAAGUUCCCCGGCGUGUUCGCCGCUACUUGCCUCUCCACAUCGGAAGCUCUUAACGCCCGCUCAAUCAACAACUCCAACAUCCUUGCAGUCUCCGGCAUGUCCACGCCUCCUCAGUCCGCCAUCGAAAUUCUCGACACCUGGCUCAACACCCCCUUCAAGUCCCCCUGCCCCGCCUCGGGAUCCAAGCCCUGGCCGGAGGAGAUCGAGUCCUUCCUCGAUAAUUCCAUGACCGAGAUGCCGAAGAUCGGCGGUCUAAUCCCUAGCGAAGACUCGAAGUGCUCGAUUUGCUGUUUGAUUAAGAAUCGGGAGCUUAAUCCGAUCGACAUAAUCCCCGGCGGAUCGAUGAAGAUCGUGAGAGAGACUCCGACGUCGGCGUUCGUGAGGUUCAAGGCCGGGAGCGUGGAGCCGGCGCAUCACCAUACGUUCGGGCAUGACCUGGUGGUGAUCGAGGGGAAGAAGACGGUGUGGAACCUGAGCAAGAAGGAGAGGUUCGAUCUGACUGUUGGGGAUUACUUGUUCACGCCGGCUGGGGACGUGCAUAGGGUUCAGUAUCAUGAGGAGACUGAAUUUUUCAUCAAGUGGGAUGGCCAUUGGGACAUGUUCUUCGACGAGGAUCUUGAGACGGCGAAGAAAGCUAUUGAGAAGGAAUCUGAGAACGGGCCUAAGUGAGAGAACAAGAUAAAAAAAAUGUGCUGAAAAGUUGGAAAAAAAGGUAGUGCUUUGCUUUGCGUUUCUCUGGUUUUGUGGAAGAUGUUUGAUGGUUGAGCAUUAUGUAAUGGUUAUACAUUUGAAUGGAAAAAUGUGGUCUGAGUAUCUGUAAUGGACGACACGUACUAUGGAGCAACUUUGUCUAAUAAGAACACACUCUGUAUAGUGUAAUUGGCUUCUUAAUGAGGGAAGGUAGUUUUUUUGCUCUCUGGUUUCACGGAAGACGUUUGUGGCUUGAGUAUUUUGUAAUGCUUUAUAGGAUAUGAAAGGAAAAAAUGUGAUAUGGGUUUCUGUAAUGAGCAAGAAUGUAUCAUUAAGCAACUUUGCUCAAUAAAGUUGGCUUCUUUUUGUGGAAAUGUAGUUUUAGUUAUUAUUAUUUUUUUU